UAACAUGUACCGCGUAUCUCGGGGACGAUCUGUAUAUAUUUACGCUGCUGCUGAUAGUUGAUGCUAGGUGCCGGAUAAAUAUUAACCUAUUACACCCUCUGUAACGUGCUGGCGGCGGACCAAUUCUGAAAAAAAGUGGAAAGAUGCCUCGUCGUUCUUACUCACGUUCCCCGUCACGAUCCAAAAAAUCAAGCCAUAGCGCCAAAUCUUCCAGACGCCGAUCGAGAUCAAAGUCACGGGACUAUGAUAAGUAUCGUAGAAGGGACAGCGACAAAAGCAGACGCCGGGAACGAUCAAAAAGCCGAUCCGUAGCAUCCUCAUCAGCGUAUCAUCGAGACAAAAAGGCUUCGUAUCGUGAUAGAUCAAGAGAUAGAAGUUAUAGAGACAGAACGCGCAAGAGAUCCGCUUCCCGGAACAAGUAUCGCGAACGGAAAUCUCCUGAUCGAGCUCGGUACCGCCGAUCGUCCAGCAGCUCCAGCUCUUCAUCGACAUCUAGCUCCAGCAGUAGCAGCAGCAGUAGCAGCAGUAGCAAAAGUCGCAGCGAUAGCGUGUCAAAAUCAUCUCGUAGCCCUAAAAAUCCUUCGCCUCCCGUACAAGUCAACAAAGAAAGUUUGGAAAAAACCUACACUUUUAAGUCAUUAUCGGACGCGUGCGAUGAUCCAUUGAACAAAGCUACGAAACUAGACGAACUGAAUGCCGACGAGUUUGUUCCACAAAGCUUUGUAUCCAGUAGAAAGGCAGUGGCCCCUGGGCCUGCAGCAAGCAGCAUCGUGAUAAAUCUGGAGGAACAAACGAUAAAAGUGCCCACGAAUGAAAGCACGGUACCAGCUGAAGAUCCCUUGUUUCACAGUACGUUUUUUGGAAGCGACGACAGUGAGCGAAUGGCUCGAUGGGUUAAAAAACUCUACCUUUUGCGCCAAACAAUAACCUAAGUGAAAUGAGAAACAUGAUAUUUGGAACUACCUAAUAAAUAGUAUUUUAUUCACUAAUUGCACAUGCACCAAAGCA